GCUGUCAGCGGUGAAGAGGCAGUUGGAAUGAAAUUGGAAACAUUGUCACAUCACUGGAGAGGAUCUUUAAUACAAUUGUGUUGUCCUUGUGACGAAAGAAAAGAUGGCUGAAAACAGCAGACAACAGCAUAACUAAAACAUUAAAAAAAAACAAAGUCAACAAUCUUUACUGUGUGGCUGAAUCCACUCCCUGUGAGCUAAGAACUCACUGCUUGUGUUCAACGAUGAAUGUUUUGGUGAUUAAGCUUCUCUGCAUGGUUGUGGUCUUCAUCCUGAUGAUGUUGGGUUCCUUGAUUCCUGUUCGGAUCAUAGAAGCCAACCAUGAGAAAAUGCACAAGUCCAGGAGGUUGCUGUCAAUCUGCAGUUCGUUUGGUGGUGGAGUAUUUCUGGCGACCUGCUUUAAUGCUUUGCUGCCGGUUGUGAGAGAAAAGGUUCAAGAGGUUCUUGCAAUCGGAAAAAUAUCGACUGACUACCCACUAAGCGAGACAACGAUGAUGCUGGGUUUCUUCUUAACUAUCUUUAUUGAACAGUUGAUUCUGACAUUUCGAAAGGAGAGGCCAUCGUACAUAGACUUGGAGAUGUUCAAUGCCGGAUCCGAGGGGGGCAGUGAUUCCGAGCAUGAGAGCCCCUUCAUUUCAUCAGGACGAGGUCAAAGCAACUUCUAUAGGCACAGAUCCCAUUCACAUUGCCAUUCAUUGAAUGCGUCCGAGGUGUCCCAUUCUAGCCCUUUGCGCUUGCUCAGCCUGGUAUUUGCUCUGUCCGCACACUCUGUGUUUGAGGGUUUGGCACUGGGGCUGCAAGAAAAGAUGGCAAAGGUGAUCAACCUAUUUAUUGGAGUGGCAGUGCAUGAGACGCUAGCUGCUGUGGCGUUGGGAGUGAGCAUGGCGAAAGGAGCACUGCCGAUGAAAGACGCCCUGAAGCUAGCUCUGAUGGUUAGUGCGAUGAUACCAACCGGGAUCGGCAUUGGGAUGGGCAUCCAGAGUGCCAACAGCCUUGGUAGCCACAUCGCGUCAGUCCUGCUGCAGGGUUUUGCUGCAGGAACAUUUCUGUUUGUCACCUUCUUCGAAAUUCUGGUUAAAGAAUUUGAAGACAAGCAUGACCGCCUUCUGAAAGUCCUUUCGCUAAUCAUGGGCUACGGACUGCUGGCUGGGCUCAUCUUUCUAAAGUGGUGACUACUUGUCUUGGUUCCGUUUGUGACAUCAUUAAGGCAUGUGCCCAGGUUAGACAAGAUGGUUAGUUGUAUCCUCAACAUGUGUUAUCUUUUGACCUAUCAUUCCAUCUAUGGUUAAUAUUAGAGUCACUGUUGCUGUUGUGAAUAUUUAAUUGGAUUGAUGUUUACCACAAGUAUACUGUGCAAAUUUGCCACUGGGCUCAGUGUAUUGAUUGCAGAUCACCAGAAAGCGUUUUAAAAGAAAUAUUGAAGCUUUUGCACUGUAAUAAUGUGUUGGUAUAUUUCCUGUGGUGUUCUUAAUUAAUACAAAAUUGCUUCCAUCUGUAGGUCAGCCUAACAUAUAACUCAAGUAGUCCUUCUGGAAAAGUACAAUCACAGCUGGGAAUUUUCAAGUUCAGUCAGGGAUUUCACACACACACAUCAUCACACUUUAGUGAAACCCUUAUGAUAGCCUGCUGAAUUCACUGGUGCAUGUUUGCUGUAUGAGGUUUAACUUAUUUACAGGGUUUUUAAAGUCUUCACAUUGAAUUCCUUAUGAACUUCAGUAGUACUUCAGUACAAAAUCUAUUUAUAAACAUUUAACUACUCCAGGAUGCUUUCAAACUAAAAUACAAUAGCCCAAUGAAAUUUUUCUAACACCACUGAACACUGUGCACCAGUAUUGAAACCAAGAUAUUCCACAGGAAUCACUCAUUUUUCACCUUGUACUACCAAUCACAUGGCAGGGGUUUUAUAUUCCUGACUCCAGCUGUGUUGACACAUUCAGCUUGGUUGGGUCGAUAACAAUUACAUUUUUUCUUUCUGUCUUUGGAUGAGAUAGAGGAACAUCUGCCAAGGUUCUAUCCAUGGAUCCCUGUAGCCUGAUACAAAAUAGGAAAUGGCUGAUUUCCCAUCUCUUCCUUCCCAUUGUCUUUUAGCACUGAUUACCUCCAACAACCAGCUAAAUGAACUACAAGUUGUUGCAAAAUGGUGGCAGGACAUGAAGAAUGUGUAAAGCUGGGUGGAUUGAGAGUGGAAGGCCGUUAUUUUCAGCUUUAUGCUGGACACUUGGUGAAAUUUGGUAAUUAUUAAACAACCAGUUUCUCCUUGAUCUCGCUAUGUGAGACUUUCAAGAAGGAGCACGAACACCAGUAGUGUAGAAGGAUUGAACUAACUUGCACAGCUGAGGUCUGAGUACUUCUAUUAAUUCACUUUACCCUUUGUCAUGUGAUUUUGAACCUUGCCAAGCAUAAGUUUUAUUCCUACUUAUUAGUAUAAAGCUCUCCAAAUUCUGCUUUGCAUUCACUGUUUUCCCCACAGUGAGGGCCCCCUCAUUAAUUUCAUUGCCACAAAGUCACAGAUGGAGAAGCUUCAACAUAAAUUUCUGUUCAGUGACCCCUGUUGGAAACUGUACAUUUGCACAGCAGGUGAUAACUGAUUUGAGCACUUCUUUUGUAGUAUUAACAGCGCUUUCAAGAGAGAGUACAUCAUUAGCACUGUAUAGAUGCACAAAGUAUUGCUAUGUCAGUGGAGGGCAUCCUCAGUUGGUGAAAGCUCUCACUAAUGAUCGGUGCUUUAGAGAAAAAUAGUGCUUAUUUUUAACCGAGGUUUCUUAUGGUCUUUGCUUUCUAAAAAGGAGUUAUCCAGGAAAUAAUUCCAGCAGAUGUGGCAGGAACUCCACACAUUGUUUGUAAAUUUACGGAAAGACAGUGUUUCCCGUAGAUGGGUUUGGCAUUAGCUCUGAGGAGUAUAAUUGCCCUCCUGGGCAAAAAGCUGUUGCCUGUGCAUUGCUUCACUGCGCCUCACAGAAGUAGCUUGUCGCUAUAUGUAAAUUCCUCAGUAAUCUCAGUCAGUGAUUUAGAAACAAGUUGGUUUCCUCCAUUAAUGUGAGUGUGAAAAACCUUUGAUGUAUUUUAUUUCCUCGGUUUUGUCCCUGAAGGCACAGACCCCUGAGCAGUGCAAAUUGUACUACUUUCAAGUAGGCCCAGUCUGUGGCUUGAGGCUUUAGACAUUGUGUUGGUAGUUUGUUUAACAAGGGAAGAAUUGAUUACUUUUGUCCAACUUAAAGGUAACUGGAUGUCAAGUAUGUAAAUAAAACCCUUUUAAUGUAGAAGGGUGAAAUGAAAUUAUAGCAGAGAAGUGGUCGAUAUCGCUUGAUAGUCUUUUUGUAUAUUCUACACAAAACUUAAACAGAUUAUGGAAACUGUCUGUUUAAAUGCCAUGGGUGACUGAAUUUAUAUUGGGAGGCAGUGUGGAGCACCAUUUAACCGUGCUUUGAGAGAAACUGAUAUGUUUUUUUUAUAUAAGUGCUGCAGGCAUUGACUUAUUCUAGCAACAUUACAAUAUAUUUGCAAGACAGUGAUGUAGUUCUAAGAAAUGUCUUUGUGAAUGACAUUUGAAAGACAUAAUGAAGUGUGAAUCAAUGCAGGGAUUUCAUGUGCUCUCAUUGGGGGGCAUUUACUGUAUGUGGUUUGAUUUUGAUAGAGUUGCCUUUUAGUGGAGGGUUGGCAGUAUCUUCACACCCAAUGAAAAACUGAUAUUACAUUAUGUAUUUGUUAUGCUCUUUUCUGUAGUGGUGCCAAUGGAAGUUGUGCUUAUUCAAUAGUAUAUAAUGCUGUUCUUGGGCUUAUGUUCUUUAGGCUGCAGUGUAUUGUUUCCUGAUGGAACCCUAUAAUAGAGGAGAGGUGCAGAAUGUGAUAUAAUUAGUAUGCUUUCUCAUAAUUUAAAGGAUUAAAAAGCAGACUAAUAUAGAUUAGGAUGUUUCUGGAUUUUGUUAUAUGUAUAUUUGGUUAAUGGAACUGACAACUGUUAUUGUCUUGCACACAAGAAAAGGUAAAUGAUUUCUCCCUGAGCAAAGUAGGAAAAAUCAAAUGUUUCCAUCUGCUGGUCCAGUGAUCCUCGUUGCUGACUGCUUACUUAUGAACCAAUCAUUGUGGAUGGCCAUGGCACUUACUAAUGCAAGGCCCUGCUGGUCGGAGGCAUACAUUAAUAGUCCUUCUGGUAAUAUACUACACAACAGCUGACAUUUGUGGAGCUAAAGACCAGUAUGAAUCAGUACCUUCGGAGGAGGAGUUUAUUCUGUGAGUCCUGGAUUCUUAAUAAGCUCCAAAAGCAAAAUUACAACCAUUAAUUAUAGAGUCUCAGUUGAGUGUAAAGGCCAACACUAAAGCAUAAAGUCUCCACCUGCUUCCAUAACCAGAUUGGGCCCUGACUGUACUGAAGCUGCACAUAAGUACACAGAAGAUUAUACUCUGAACCUUGGGUAUAUUUGUAAUGUAAAAUGCCUGCAUUUGUUGCCUUAAAUGGCAAUGGACUUAUUUAUGGAUAUAGCUGUUGCUCUGGAUUUCCAGCAUCUGCAGGAUUUCUUGUGUUUGUGGAUAUAGUUGUAUUGUUUGUGUAAAUAUGUUCCUGAUAAUGUUUAAAGUGUAUUCUUUCUCCCAACAGUCCAAAUCUGUCAGUGAAGUGUUACAAUUAUGUCAUUUUUUCAUCUGUUCAUCUUUGCACUUGUACUCAAGUUAUUUUUGUUCUCUGUAACCUCCAUGACUGGGAGGAAAGUAGGAAAACAGAAAAGCGCUAAACAACAUUCUUUGUUAAUUAAGAAAAAAUGAAAAAAAAAGUAGUUAAAGGAAAACUUUGGGCCAAAUACAUGAAUGAAGACAUUAAUUAGCAUCCAGAGGAAUUUGAAAAUCUUAA